ACGAAGAACUUGAAGCGCUCAAGGUAAUUGGCGAGGAUGUUUCAGAUGGCGGUGAAGGGGAGGAGGAAGAGGAAGAAGACCUGAUCGCUCGCGAGCUGGAGGACUCUGAUGACGAGUUCUCAGUUAUUAGUAAGGAGGUUUCCCUGGAUUUGAACAACCUGGUGCUGAGUAUUCUUCUGGAAAACUAUGCACUCAAUCCGCCCACCACCAACGAUUGUCUGGUACGUCUGUUUCACCGUGUUGCCGUGCGCAGGCAUUUGCCGGGUGCCUGUUUCCAGCUGCGGCUGUUUCGCGUCUUCCAGAGCAUCGUCAACGACCCCGGGAUCUCUAAGCUGGAAGAAUUUCAGGAACUGCUGAAGUUCAUAAAGUACAUCCUGCGGAAGUUUUUUGAAGCCUUCGAACGCAACAGAAAUGUCGCGGUGGAGGCCCUAUUCCUCAAAUCAACUAAGGAGAGUUUAGAGGCUUUUAAUGGCUAUGGAACCUACGAUGAAGGAUCAAGAGCAGUAGUUUGGACACCAGAGCUCGAUAAGGAGCUAGGCCAGCUAUUUGACUCAUACCGUUUCGAACCCGUUCCCAAAGGCGAAGACUUGGCUGAUGUGUUGCAGCGAUUGCUCUCGGACUCCAGCAAAACCCGUCGUCAAAUUAUAAUGCGUCUUAUAUACCUUACCAAGAUCGACUCCGCAAAGUCCCUGCGGAUGAUGACAUGUCGUUCGGCUGAGGACGAGAGGCGUGGCCCUCGCCGUCCCAAACAUCCCUGGACAGAGGAGGAGGUUGAACACCUGAGAACCCUGUUUGAAGAACAUUCCGGCACACCAUACUUCCUCUCGGAUUUGAUGAACACUCUUAAAUGUGAGUACGAGGAGCGCUUGAAGACUUUGGAGGACGCAGGACCAGCUGAGGAGGUGCCAGAUGGCGGUGGUGCUCUCGCUGAUUCCUCAAUACAGCCCUUCUUACGUUCUCGUAAGGAGGUGGGUCAAAAACUCAUGGAGCUGGGACUCGUCUCCGACCCCAGCCAGUUCGGCAAAUCUCGACGGAAAGCCCGCACUGCGGAGGAGGGCCGUACUGCCGGUGAAGGCCGUAGGCGAAAGCCCCAGGAG